AGGAAGUCAAACACACACACACACACACACACACACACACACACUGUCAGUUUGUGUCGGACUGAAGGAUCAGAGAGAGUUGUGAACGCGAUGCCUGGAAGACAGAAAGUGUGUAUUGUUGGUUCUGGAAACUGGGGUUCUGCGAUCGCUAAGAUCAUCGGUCACAAUGUAAAAGCUUCGAAUCGUUUUGAUCCUGUGGUGAAGAUGUGGGUUUAUGAGGAGAUGAUCGAUGGAAGAAAACUCACUGAGAUCAUCAACACGGAACACGAGAACGUCAAAUAUCUGCCCGGACACAAACUGCCCAAAAAUGUGGUGGCAGUUCCUGAGGUCACAGAGGCGGCGGCCGGCGCAGAUCUCCUGGUGUUUGUCAUUCCUCAUCAGUUUAUUGGGAAAGUGUGUGAUCAGAUGAAACCUCACAUCCAACCUGGAGCCAUCGGCAUCUCCCUCAUUAAAGGUAUAGAUGAGGGUCCGCAGGGUCUGACCCUGAUCUCUGACAUCAUCAGAUCAAAACUGGAGAUCCAGGUCUGUGUGCUGAUGGGAGCAAACAUCGCCAGCGAGGUCGCUGAGGAGAAAUUCUGUGAGACCACCAUCGGAGCCACUAAUGAACACAACGGUAAGAUCUUUAAAGAACUUCUGCAGACUCCAAACUUUCGCAUCACAGUGGUGAAAGAGAGCGAUACAGUGGAGCUGUGCGGAGCGCUGAAGAACAUCGUGGCGGUGGGCGCUGGUUUUUGUGAUGGUUUGGGGUUCGGUGAUAACACUAAAGCCGCUGUGAUCAGACUGGGGCUCAUGGAGAUGGUGGCCUUCACCAAACUCUUCUGCCAGAGCGCCGUCACCUCGGCAACCUUCCUGGAGAGCUGCGGGGUCGCUGACCUCAUCACCACCUGCUACGGCGGACGCAACCGACGCGUGGCCGAAGCGUUCGCUCGCUCACAGAAGUCCAUAGCUGAACUGGAGGCUGAGAUGCUGAAUGGACAGAAACUUCAGGGCCCUCAAACGUCUGCUGAAGUUUAUAAGAUCCUUCAGAAGAAAAACAUGGUGGACAAGUACCCGCUGUUUGUGUCAGUGUAUCAGAUCUGUUUUGAGGGUCGACAGGUGAAGGAUUUCAUCAGCUGUCUUCAGAAUCAUCCAGAACACAUGUGAUGUCAUCACAGCACUACACGCACACACACAUUCCUUGAAGAAGGGGAUCGUGGGUGUGUUUUUAGUAUUUCCGAACAAACCUAAGGAUUGAGUCGCUGAUAAACGCACAGAAAUCUUCAACUUUAUUCCUGUGGUGUGACAUUACAUUUGACAGA